AUGGGUCGCGUCUCCUUCGCGGACGAUGUAAACGAGCGCAUCAUCGACGACGACUAUGAAGACAUCGACGAGGAGAAGGUGAACAUCUACCCCUACGAGAAUGACAAAGAGAACAAGUCAUGGGCGGGUGCGUUGCCCAAGAAGCAGGGUCUCUACGACCCGGAGCUCGAGAAGGAUGCCUGCGGUGUGGGCUUCGCGGCCAACAUCAAGGGCAAGCCGAGCCACAAGAUCGUGACUGAUGCACGGAACCUGCUCUGCAACAUGACCCAUCGGGGUGCUGUCGGGUCGGACGCACGAGAUGGCGACGGUGCUGGUGUCAUGACCUCCAUCCCACACCGAUUCUUCGUCAAGAACUUCGAGGUGGAGCAAGGGUACAAGCUGCCGAAGAUGGGCCAGUACGCAGUGGGCAACAUCUUCUUCAAGCCGGAUGAGGAGACGCUCGCCGAUACAAUUGACCAAUUCAGAGAUAUCGCAGACCAGCUCAACCUGCGAGUGCUGGGGUGGCGGAAGGUCCCCGUCGACAGCGAGCUGCUUGGGCCGGCUGCGAAGUCGAGGGAGCCCGUGAUCCUCCAGCCGUUCAUGGUCAUGAAGUCGUGGUACGGCGAAGAGAACCAGCCAAAGGCCGACUUCGAGGACAACUACGAUUCGGUCGUCUUUGAGCGACAGCUCUACGUCUUCCGCAAGCGCGUCACCCACGUCAUCGGGCUGCACAACUGGUUCUACCUCUGUUCUCUCUCGAACAAGAAUAUUGUCUACAAGGGCCAGCUGUCGCCAGCGCAGGUGUACGACUACUACCACGACUUGGUGAACGUCGACUACGAAGGCCACUUUGCCCUUGUCCACUCUCGAUUCUCCACGAACACCUUCCCGUCAUGGGACCGAGCUCAGCCACUGCGGUGGGCUGCACACAACGGCGAAAUCAACACCCUUCGAGGCAACAAGAAUUGGAUGAGAGCAAGAGAGGGUGUGCUGCAGUCGGACCACUUUGGUGAAGAGCUGGACAUGCUAUACCCGAUCAUUGAGGACGGCGGUUCUGAUUCGGCGGCAUUCGACAACGUGCUGGAGCUUCUGACGAUCAACGGAGUUCUCUCGCUUCCGGAAGCCGUCAUGCUGAUGGUGCCAGAGGCCUGGGAGGGCAACAACCUGAUCGAUGACAAGAAGCAGGCAUUCUACGAAUGGGCUGCGUGCAUGAUGGAGCCGUGGGACGGCCCAGCACUUUUCGUCUUCUCGGAUGGGCGCUACUGUGGUGCGAACCUUGACCGCAAUGGUUUACGGCCCUGCCGGUACUAUGUGUUGGACGAUGACCGGAUCAUCUGUGCCUCAGAAGUUGGCACAAUCCAGGUUGAGCCAUCUUCUGUGGUGCAGAAAGGACGCCUGCAGCCCGGACGCAUGCUCUUGGUCGAUACCGAUGAAGGCCGAAUCAUCGACGAUGGAGAGUUGAAAGAGAAGGUCGCGUCGAGGCAGGACUUCAGGUCUUGGAUGGAGUCUGAGCUCCUGGUGCUGCCAAACAUCCACAAGAAGCUGCUGGAGAAGGGCACAGAUCUCUCCCACGAGCUGACGAAGACGAACGUUCAGGAAGACCCGAGGCUGAAGGCGUACGGAUACUCGUUGGAGCAGGUUUCGCUGCUUCUGGCUCCUAUGGCGGCAGACUCCAAGGAAGCUCUCGGCUCGAUGGGCAACGAUGCUCCGCUCGCCUGUCUGGCGGUGCAGCCUCGUCUCCUGUACGACUACUUCCGCCAGCUUUUCGCUCAGGUCACGAACCCUCCGAUUGAUCCUAUUCGAGAGGCAGUCGUCAUGUCGCUGGGCACAUACGUCGGGCCGCAGGGCAACUUGCUCACCAUCGAGAAGAGCCAAUGCCACCGACUCUACCUGCCAUCUCCUAUGCUCUCCGUGGAGGAGUUCAACGGUCUGAUGCACAUUCCCGACCUCCACCCAGACUGGCAAGUCGCCACUAUCGACAUUACGUUCCCGAAGGAGGAAGGAAUUCAGGGCUACUACGAUGCGCUUGACCGCAUCAACGACGCAGCCACUGAGGCCAUUGAGCGAGGCGACAAGAUCCUGGUCCUUUCUGACCGUAAGAUGUCGCACGAUCGUGUCCCAGUGUCAUCGCUGCUUGCCACCGGCAUGCUGCACCACCAUCUCGUGCGCAACAAGUGGCGGUCAAAGGCGGCUCUGAUUGUGGAGACUGCCGAAGCUCGUGAGGUCCACCAUAUGUGUGUCCUUGUUGGAUACGGUGCAGACGCGAUCUGCCCAUACCUCGCAAUCGAGUGUAUUCUCAAGCUUCAUCGUGAGGGCCUGAUCCGCAAGAACAUGACCCCAGAGGAGCUCAUCGGCAACUACAAGCACUCUUGCGAUGGUGGCAUUCUCAAGGUUAUGAGCAAGAUGGGCAUUUCCACAUUGCAGAGCUACAAGGGCGCUCAGAUCUUCGAGGCGCUCGGUAUUGCUGAGCCCGUGGUCGACCGAUGCUUCACUGGCACAGCGACGCGUAUUCGAGGCAUGACCUUUGAGCUGAUUGCUCAAGACGCCUUUGCCUUCCACGAGAAGGGCUUCCCAAGCCAGAUCAUCACCGAGAUUCCAGGUCUCGCCGAGACUGGCGAGUACCAUUGGCGUGAUGGCGGAGAAGCACACGUCAACGACCCGACCUCGAUCGCGAACAUCCAGGAUGCUGUUCGUGUCAAGAACGACAAGUCCUACGAAGCAUACUCCAAGAGCGAGUACGAGCAGAUCAAGAACUGCACACUUCGCGGGUUGUUGGACUUCGACUUUGAUUCCACCAACCCCAUCCCGAUCGAGCAGGUCGAGUCGUGGACCGACAUCGUCCGCAGAUUCUGCACCGGCGCUAUGUCCUACGGUUCCAUUUCCAUGGAGGCACAUUCCACUCUCGCUGUCGCCAUGAACAGACUCGGCGGCAAGUCCAACACCGGCGAAGGCGGCGAGGACCCAGAGCGCAGCCAGCCCCUCGAGAACGGCGAUACCAUGCGUUCAGCCAUCAAGCAGAUCGCUUCCGGCCGGUUCGGUGUCACCAGCAACUACAUCACCGACUCCGAUCAGCUGCAGAUCAAGAUGGCCCAGGGUGCUAAGCCUGGCGAGGGCGGUGAGCUGCCUGGCCACAAGGUGUCUGGCCCCAUUGCGAAGACACGCCACUCCACACCCGGUGUAGGUUUGAUCUCGCCACCACCCCACCACGACAUCUAUUCCAUCGAAGACCUGAAGCAGCUCAUCUACGACCUCAAAUGCGGCAACCCGCGCGCCCGCGUCUCCGUCAAGCUCGUCUCUGAAACUGGCGUCGGCAUCGUCGCCUCCGGCGUUGCCAAAGCCCGCUCCGACCACAUCCUCAUCUCCGGCCACGACGGCGGUACCGGUGCGUCCCGAUGGACUGGGAUCAAGUACGCCGGUCUGCCGUGGGAGCUUGGGCUUGCGGAGACGCAUCAGACGUUGGUGUUGAACGAUCUGCGUGGGCGGAUUGUCAUUGAGACGGAUGGGCAGCUGCGCACUGGAAGGGAUGUGGCGAUUGCCUGUUUGUUGGGGGCGGAGGAGUUUGGGUUCGCGACGACGCCGCUCAUUGCUAUGGGGUGUAUUAUGAUGCGCAAGUGCCAUCUUAACACCUGCCCGGUGGGCAUCGCCACGCAAGAUCUCGAGCUCCGGAAGAAGUUCAAGGGCACCCCGGAGCACGUCAUCAACUUCUUCUACUACGUCGCCAACGAGAUGCGUGCAAUCAUGGCCAAGCUCGGCUUCCGGACUGUCAACGAGAUGGUCGGCCACACUGAGGUGCUCAAGACGCGGGAGGAUCUCCGCAGUGCGAAGACUGAGAAUAUCGAUCUCUCGCUCAUCUUGACACCCGCACACAGCCUUCGUUCCGGAGUGUCGACCUACAACGUUCGCAAGCAGGACCACAAGCUGCACACUCGUCUCGACAACAAGCUGAUUGCUGAGUCCGAGCCGGCGCUCGAGAAGGGUCUCCCGUGCAGGAUCGAAACGGAGAUCGUCAAUACUGACAGAGCCUUUGGAGCGACUUUGUCCUCCCACAUCAGCAGGCGCUACGGUGAGGAAGGUCUCGAGCAUGAUACCAUCCACUGCAAUGUCAAGGGAUCUGCAGGGCAAUCGUUCGGUGCCUUCCUUGCCAAAGGUGUCACGCUUGAGCUCGAGGGAGACUGCAACGAUUAUGUCGGCAAGGGUCUCUCUGGUGGACGCUUGAUCGUCUACCCUCCGCGGACUGCCGUCUACAAGGCCGAAGAGAACAUCAUCAUCGGCAACGUCUGCUUGUACGGUGCUACAUCCGGAUCGUGCUUCUUCCGGGGUGUUGCCGCAGAGCGUUUCGCUGUCCGAAACUCUGGCGUCACCACUGUCGUCGAGGGCAUGGGCGACCACGGCUGCGAGUACAUGACUGGCGGUCGCGUCAUCUGUCUCGGACCCACUGGACGCAACUUUGCGGCUGGUAUGUCGGGUGGUAUUGCCUACAUCUUGGACUUGCACCACGAGUUCGACAGCAAGGUCAACACGGAGAUGGUGGAGCUUGGCCAGGUCGACGAGCCCAAGGAGAUUGCCUUCCUGCGUGGCCUGAUCGAAGACCACCUCCACUACACCGGCUCCGAGCUCGCAGCCAGGAUCCUGGUCGACUUCAGCAGAGUUCUCCCACGAUUCGUCAAGGUCCUGCCAACCGACUACAAGCGCGUCAUGGAAGAGGAGGCCAAGAAGGCCGAAGAGGCGAAGAAGAACGAGUACCCUCUCCCCAUCCUCCCAGGCGCCGCUGUCCGUAACCUCCACGAGAAGUCUCGCGAGCAGACCUCCGAGAAGGAGAACAAGGAGCACAAGAAGAACGAGCUCAUGGACAUCGAGGAGAGUGUCCAGGACGGCAAGGCCGAGAAGAAGCGGUCUGCUCUCGUGCUCGACAAGACGAGGGGGUUCAUGAAGUACCAGCGUCGCGCGGAGAAGUACCGCAACGUCAAGACCAGGACCCGCGACUGGGGUGAGCUCAACUCGCGUUUGGAUGAGGAUGAGCUCAAGUACCAGACUGCGAGAUGCAUGGACUGUGGUGUGCCGUUCUGUCAGUCGGAUACUGGAUGCCCGAUUAGCAAUAUCAUUCCCAAGUGGAAUGAGCUGGUAUUCCAGAAUCAGUGGCAGGACGCUCUCAACAGGCUGCUCAUGACCAACAACUUCCCGGAGUUCACUGGUCGUGUGUGCCCGGCGCCUUGCGAAGGUGCUUGCGUGCUUGGAAUCAACGAGGACCCAGUCGGUAUCAAGUCGAUUGAGUGCGCCAUCAUUGACCGUGGUUUCGAGAUGGGAUGGAUGGUUCCUGCUCCACCACAAGCCAGGACUGGAAAGACUGUUGCCAUUAUUGGUUCUGGUCCAGCAGGUCUUUCUGCGGCCGACCAGCUCAACAAGUGCGGGCACGAAGUCACCGUCUACGAGCGUGCUGACCGCAUCGGUGGUCUGCUCAUGUACGGCAUCCCGAACAUGAAGCUCGACAAGGGGGUUGUCCAACGCCGUGUCGACUUCAUGGCUGCUGAGGGUGUCAAGUUCGAGACCGGCGUCCAUGUUGGCGAGGAUGAUGUCACUCUUGAGUCCCUCCGGGCUGAGAAGGACGCUGUGGUCAUUGCCACUGGUGCCACUGUCGCUCGCGACCUGCCAAUCCCCAACCGCGAGCUGGAGGGCAUCUACUACGCCAUGCAGUUCCUGCACAAGAACACCAAGUCUCUGCUGGACUCCAAGCUUGAGGAUGAGACUUACAUCUCCGCCAAAGACAAGCACGUCGUCGUCAUUGGCGGUGGUGAUACCGGCAACGACUGCAUCGGUACCUCCGUCCGCCACGGUGCCAAGUCCGUCAUCAACUUCGAGCUCCUCCCGCAGCCACCACCAGAGCGUGCUCGCGACAACCCAUGGCCUCAGUGGCCUCGCAUCUACCGCGUCGACUACGGCCACACCGAAGUCAAGGCACACAUGGGCCGCGACCCGCGUGAGUACUGCAUCCUGUCCACCGACUUUGUGGAUGACGGUACCGGCAAAGUCAAGGGCAUCAACACCCAGCGUGUCGAAUGGCACAAGUCCGCCACCGGCGGCUGGGACAUGAAGAAGCUCGAGGGCUCCGAGGAGUUCUUCCCCGCUGAUCUUGUCCUGCUCUCCAUGGGCUUCUUGGGUCCAGAGGAUCGCGUCAUGGGCGGCGUCAUCGAGAAGGACCAGCGCAAGAACAUCAAGACCCCGCCUGGCCACUACACCACCAACAUUGAGGGUGUCUUUGCUGCUGGUGACUGCCGACGUGGCCAGUCUCUGAUCGUCUGGGGUAUCAAUGAAGGUCGCCAGGCCGCGCGCGACGUCGACUCCUACCUCAGUGGCCGUGGUACGCAACUCCCCGUCACCGGCGGCAUCGUCAAGCGCCCGCCCUUCGAGCUGCUCAACAAGGCUGCCAACGGCACGCUGCAAUCCGGCCUCAUCACCGCGGAGGCGUAA